AUGGCUCCCGUCUGCUAUGCCCACCUGCUGCCCUUGUCCCCAGUUCCAGGCACACUGAGUGGCCUGUCCAGGAGCGUCAAUGAGGAGGAUGCUGUCCCUGGCUCCUGGCCCUGGCAGGUGUCCCUGCAGGACAAAACCGGCUUCCACUUCUGCGGGGGCUCCCUCAUCAGCGAGGACUGGGUGGUCACCGCCGCCCACUGCGGAGUCAAGACCUCUGACCUGGUGGUGGCUGGGGAGUUUGACCAGGGCUCCGAUGAGGAGAACAUCCAGGUCCUCAAGAUCGCAAAGGUUUUCAAGAACCCCAAGUUCAGCUUGCUGACUGUCCGCAAUGACAUCACCCUGCUGAAGCUGGCCACACCUGCCCGCUUCUCCCGGACGGUGUCCGCUGUGUGCCUGCCCAACGCGGACGACGACUUCCCGGCUGGGACACAGUGCGUCACCACCGGCUGGGGAUUGUCUGAGCACACCCUGGCCAACAAGACCCCUGACAAGCUGCAGCAGGCGGCCCUGCCCCUGGUGUCCACUGAAGACUGCAAGAAGUCCUGGGGCAGCAAGAUCACCGAUGUGAUGAUCUGCGCUGGAGCCAGCGGCGUCUCCUCCUGCAUGGGUGACUCUGGAGGCCCUCUGGUCUGCCAGAAGAAUGGAGCCUGGACCCUGGUGGGCAUCGUGUCCUGGGGCAGCGGCACCUGCUCCACCUCCACCUCAGCUGCGUGUCCCCUGCCACUGUGCUCAUGCCCUGGUUCUGAGGUGCAGGAAGCUAACCAAGCCUCCUCCUGCCCCAGCAUCUGCAUAAUCCUCCCUCGAACCCUGUCGGGAGCAGAUGCCUGCACCUCUGCUGCCCCAACCUGA